GCGACUGCACUCCAGGGGACAGCCUCUCCCGGACCCACUCGGGGAGGGGGCGGCUAAGGCCCGGGGAGACCCGCGAGGGGCAAGCCCGGAUUCUUGCGGGCCGCCUUUCUGCGCGCGCCGGAGAGAGAGACGCGGUGGUGACAGGGACGCGCAUCUCACUUCCCCCCAGCUCCGGAGAGGGAUGGCGGGGUGUCGGCGAGUUCACUGCUGGACAGUUACUAAUGCCAGCAGUUACUCUGCAGAGAUGACGGAGCCCAAGUCGGUGUGUGUCUCGGUGGAUGAGGUGGUGUCCAGCAGCAUGGAGACCGCUGAGACGGACCUGCUGAAUGGGCAUCUGAAAAAAGUAGACAACAGCCUCACGGAAGCCCAGCGCUUCUCCUCCUUGCCUCGGAGGGCAGCUGUGAACAUUGAAUUCAGGGACCUUUCCUACUCGGUUCCUGAAGGACCCUGGUGGAGGAAGAAAGGAUACAAGACCCUUCUGAAAGGAAUUUCCGGGAAGUUCAAUAGUGGUGAGCUGGUGGCCAUUAUGGGCCCUUCCGGGGCCGGGAAGUCCACGCUAAUGAACAUCCUGGCCGGAUACAGGGAGACGGGCAUGAAGGGGGCCGUCCUCAUCAAUGGCCUGCCCCGGGACCUGCGCUGCUUCCGGAAGGUGUCCUGCUACAUCAUGCAGGAUGACAUGCUGCUGCCACACCUCACUGUGCAGGAAGCCAUGAUGGUGUCGGCACAUCUGAAGCUUCAGGAGAAGGAUGAAGGCAGAAGGGAGAUGGUCAAGGAGAUACUGACAGCGCUGGGCUUGCUGUCUUGUGCCAACACGCGGACCGGGAGCCUGUCAGGUGGUCAGCGCAAGCGCUUGGCCAUCGCGCUGGAGCUGGUGAACAACCCUCCAGUCAUGUUCUUCGAUGAGCCCACCAGCGGCCUGGACAGCGCCUCCUGCUUCCAGGUGGUCUCGCUGAUGAAAGGGCUCGCUCAAGGGGGGCGCUCCAUCAUCUGCACCAUCCACCAGCCCAGCGCCAAACUCUUCGAGCUGUUCGACCAGCUUUACGUCCUGAGUCAAGGACAAUGUGUGUACCGGGGAAAAGUCUGCAAUCUUGUGCCAUAUUUGAGGGAUUUGGGUCUGAACUGCCCAACCUACCACAACCCAGCAGAUUUUGUCAUGGAGGUUGCAUCCGGCGAGUACGGCGAUCAGAACAGUCGCCUGGUGAGAGCGGUUCGGGAGGGCAUGUGUGACUCCGACCACAAGAGAGACCUCGGGGGUGAUGCCGAGGUGAACCCUUUUCUUUGGCACCGGCCCUCUGAAGAGGUAAAGCAGACAAAACGAUUAAAGGGGUUGAGAAAGGACUCCUCGUCCAUGGAAGGCUGCCAUAGCUUCUCUGCCAGCUGCCUCACGCAGUUCUGCAUCCUCUUCAAGAGGACCUUCCUCAGCAUCAUGAGGGACUCGGUCCUGACGCACCUGCGCAUCACCUCGCACAUUGGGAUCGGCCUCCUCAUCGGCCUGCUGUACUUGGGGAUCGGGAACGAAGCCAAGAAGGUCUUGAGCAACUCCGGCUUCCUCUUCUUCUCCAUGCUGUUCCUCAUGUUCGCGGCCCUCAUGCCCACUGUUCUGACAUUUCCCCUGGAGAUGGGAGUCUUUCUUCGGGAACACCUGAACUACUGGUACAGCCUGAAGGCCUACUACCUAGCCAAGACCAUGGCGGACGUGCCCUUUCAGAUCAUGUUCCCAGUGGCCUACUGCAGCAUCGUGUACUGGAUGACAUCGCAGCCGUCCGACGCCGUGCGCUUCGUGCUGUUUGCCGCGCUGGGCACCAUGACCUCGCUGGUGGCACAGUCCCUGGGCCUGCUGAUCGGAGCCGCCUCCACGUCCCUGCAGGUGGCCACCUUCGUGGGCCCGGUGACAGCCAUCCCAGUGCUCCUGUUCUCGGGGUUCUUCGUCAGCUUCGACACCAUCCCCACGUACCUGCAGUGGAUGUCCUACAUCUCCUAUGUCAGGUAUGGGUUCGAAGGGGUCAUCCUCUCCAUCUAUGGCUUAGACCGAGAAGAUCUGCACUGUGACAUCGACGAGACGUGCCACUUCCAGAAGUCAGAGGCCAUCCUGCGGGAGCUGGACGUGGAAAACGCCAAGCUGUACCUGGACUUCAUCGUACUCGGGAUUUUCUUCAUCUCCCUGCGCCUCAUUGCCUAUUUUGUCCUCAGGUACAAAAUCCGGGCAGAGAGGUAAAACACCCAAAUGCCAGGAAAGAGGAAGAUUAGACACUGUGGCCGAGGGCACGUCUAGAAUCGAGGAGGCAAGCCUGUGCCCGACCGAUGAUGCAGAGACUCUUCUGAUCCAACCCCUAGAACCGCGUUGGGUUUGUGGGUGUCUCGUGUGCAGCCGCUCCGCCCAGCUGGGUUGGGUUCUCUCCAUUCCCCUUUCUAGCUUUAACUAGGAAGAUGUAGGAAGGUCGGUGGUUCUUUUUUUUUUUUUACAUACAGAAUUUUAAAUACCACAACUGGGGCAGAAUUUAAAACUGCAACACAGCUGGUGACGAGAGGCUUCCUCAGUCCAGUUGCUCCUUAGUACCAGGCACCGUGGGUCCUGGAUGGGGAACCGCAAGCAACCUCUCGGCUGAUGGCUGCACAGUCAGAUGUCUCGGGGCAGAGGGGCCGAGCACGGAGCGAUUCCAUUUUUUGACUGUUGUUUUUCAUAGUUUCAUCUUUCUAAGGUGUGUCUCUUUUCCAAUGAGAACUCAUUUUUGCAAGCCAAAAGUUGAUCAAUUGCAUUCAUUUGAAGAAACUGUACCUUUUUAGUACUUGCUGAAGAAUGAUUCGGGGUAAAUCACGUACUUUGUUUAGAGAGGCAAGGGGUUUAACCGAAUCACGUAGCUGGUCUCAUACGCAGACAGCACUGGUGAAGUAUUGAAUGCAGGUUCCAGGUGGAGGGAAGACGUGGACACCCUCUCCACUGAACCAUGCAGAAAUUUUUAAAAGCUAUACAAAACAUUGUAAGAAGACAUUGGCCAACUCUUUCAAAGUCUUUUAUUUUCCACGUGCUUCUUAUUUUAAGCAAAAUAUAUUGUUUGUUUCUUCCUAACUUUCUGACUACCUUAAUUUUGCCUAGGUUGAUUUAAACAAACAAACAGCAUCCCUUUCCUUCUAUAUCAUCUCAGCUACCUCCACUGAACCUGAAAGAGCAGGGCUUAGGGAAAUUCAGGCAUGACCUUUGAGGGUUGUCUCUGCAGGAGCAGCCAGCAGAGAAAGAUGGGCUAACUGUGCAAGAGGGGAGGAGGCCAACAAGAUGGCAUCAGAAUCCAAGGGCUUAGGGCAAAGUCAGUAGACUUCAGUGUGUGGAGGCAUUUGAAACUUGAUCAAACAACGCAUUUCGAGUGGUGGGGGAUUUCAUCUCUGGUUUUUGUGAUCUCACAGCCACAUCACCGCCUCAGUGUUAGGCUUGUGUAAACUUUGCAUAUUGGAAACCGCUUCUUUCUUACGACUGAAUCACAUAGGUCAAAUCCCACUAGGGCAGGAACUGGUGCCUAUCUGGAGGUCAAGUGGCCUUUGAAUUCAUAACAAGGCUGCCCGUGUGCUUGUCAGCUCUCAGAGGCAGUUUGACUACACGCGGAGAAGGUGAUUCUGGCCAAAGAAGUCCAUCUUUAGGAAAAUGCUGUUGUUUCCUCCUUCUAGAAUAUCAUUCUCCAAGAAUCCGGGCUUCCGAUGGAAAGGCUGUGUUUUUGUGGGCAAAUCAGUGAACCUUUCUGAGCUACAUUUUUCCUCAUCUGUAAAUAGUUACAGUACAUCAUGCCCAAGGCCAUGCCAGCUCAAAGGGGGUCAAAGGGCGUGGGAUUCCUUGGUGAUGUCCCCGAAGCUCUUAUUUCCCACUUUGAAAGAACGAAAAGGGUCUGAAUUUUAUUUACACAUGGAUUUAGUUUGCAAAUUCUUAGAGAUUCCUUUUUUACUGCUAGAUCUUUUUUAGUAAAACACAAUUGAGAUAGAUAUUAAAGUGUAAUUUUAAGUGUGCUUGUUCUAUACAAAUACGGCAUUGCCUUCCAGAUUAAGUUUUUAACCAGAGUCAAACUUAGCCUUUAUAAAAAGUCCUCAUUUAAUUUCAAAAUAGAUCUUCUUGUAAGACAUCGCACAUAGGGAAGACCCACCUAGGAAUAGCUGGGUGAAAUGCAGAAUUGGAAAAAGGCAAAAGUCCUUGCUCAUGACUCAGAACUACAUUGAGUGAGGUCGGUGUUGAAAACGCCCGUUCCCUCCAGGUGAGCCUUUCCCAUUGUGGAUUAGUGUCGGGGGUUCAUGGCCCUAAUACAGGUGUGUCUGCGUUGCGUGGACCCACAGCCCUGCCCCAGAAGCAGCUUGGUCUCUUUUGCUGAGACUGCUUGCUGUACCUCAUCAGUUUCAGGAGGAAACAGUGAGAUGCCUCUAGAUUUAAAAUCUGGUUUCGGAGAGCACCUAAGCCCUCUGAGGGAAUGACUCCCGUAGGAGUUUGAUGGAGAUACUUCUAGGGGGAAGGGCUUGGGAACCGUGAGGGCUGUUAGGCUACAAGAAGGGAAUGGAUAUGUGAGAUCACGUGGGUUUAUUUUUUGAAGGGUGAACUGGAGUAGGUGAGGAUUCUGCCGUUGAUGCUCCAGGAUGGCUUUGCUCAGCCCUCCCCUGUAGACUGGAGGAAAGCCUACCGCCAAGAAGGAGAGGAUGCGUCUGUCCUGGGCGCAGCCAGCCUCCCUCUUCCAGGUUCAGCAAGGGCCCCUGGUUGGGCAUUUUCCUCGUAACCUUUGGCAACAUUGACUCAAAUGGCAUUGUUUAGCUUUCCAGAUAUUUCCCCGCUGCUUUUUGUGUUAAGGUAGUUUGGUAAAAUGCCUUAUUCCAAUGACCUAAGAUAACAUCAAGCAACUCACUGAUUUACUUUUCUAACUCGCUGUGGUUCAGAGGCGCACAGCAACGUGCUGUCUUUCACAUGGUGAACGUUAAACCCAGACCAACUCCCCAAGUCUAAUUUGUUUCAGUAAUUCCUGAAUGCAAUGACCCAGAUAUUCCUUUCAUCUCUGAUUGAGUUUCUUCCAUUAGAAGGAAGGAUUAAACCUUGGAUAAAAGAUUCGCAGCUGCCCCAGUGGUUAAUAGAGGUGAAAAUGGAAGUUUCAGUGAAACUGCUGGGGCCUUUUGCCUUUGUCCCCAUCCAAAAAGUUUUGUCAUUUUGUGCCUCUCUUUCUUCUCCUCUGGCUGAAUAUCCACUGGAGAUUGAAUUCUCUGAAACUCCCUGCUUGGGUGAAGUGGGAAGCUGUCUCCAGGAAGGGGAGUGACUGUGCAAAGUUUUACACAGUCGAUGCUAGAAUUGGAUCACAUCACCUGGGGGAGGCGCCUUCAGGACCAGAAAAGAGGACAUGGAGCUUUGAGGUGAAAACUUAUCUUAGAAACCCACAAAAAGUCAUUUCCCCAGCCCGACAUCAGGGACAGACCACACCCAUGGGGCAGAAACCGGGCUUGGUUGUUGCAGUGAGAAGAGAAGGCACGACCCUGGUGCACCGAGCACCUUUCCUCGUGGCUGUUUCCAGGCAUUGGGCUGAAUGCCCUCAGAAUCCCCCGUCCCUGCCCACUCCUCAAACCCUUACUGACCCACCCCUCUCGCCUGGUCCUGUCCCAGGCCCUGGGAGUGAGACGGAGGGGAUUCCAACGUGGGUUUGCCCUCCAGUGUGGUGGGAGGGACCCGCGUGGCCACUUGGCUUAGCCCUGCUCAUGGUGCAGACAUGGAACACGGAGGCGGGGAGAGGUUCCGUGACGUCCCCGAGGCCCCAGAACGCGGAAGGAGCAGAGUCGGGAUUCCUCUCAUUCCGUUUGGACCCCGAAGUCCCUGUUUUGUUUGCUGCCUCCUGUUCACGGCGUAUGAAUGUAUACCGAGAUGCUUUGUAAGGCAUAAAGUGCAAUACUAGCUUAGUGGCUGAUUGUUCAGUGAUUCCUUCUGUCACCAAACAGACGGCUGAGAUGAGAGGGAAACCCAAGCCUAACGCCCUUCAGUGGCCUUGCAUCGGAGCGCCCGUGACAGGUACCUCUCCAUGGAGAGGGGCUGUCCUUCGCCUUUGCCUGCUCCUCCUAUUGCAACAGUCCUGUGGACUAGCUCAGGCUCCAGAGGGGCUGGUGUGUAUGUGUGCGUGUGUGUGUAUGGUGUGUGUGUGUCUACAUACAAGCACAUGUGCACACAUGCACACACACAUACAUGCACACACACGCACAUGCACACAUACAUGCAGGUGUGCAGACUUGGCUCCAGGCGUGUGUCUGAUAGUAUUAUUCUACGAUAUUUCCCUCAUCUCCAUAGAAUACCAGCUUCUGAAUCCUCAAUCAGCCUUUACUUCAAGAAGAAAAGAAAAUCUCUCUCCUUCCAGGUCUGUGGUGCAGAUGGAAAAAGUGUGGUCAACACCCAUUAAGGCUUUAGUCAAAUGCCAGCUGAAUUAGAACGUGACGAACGUUAGACAAGACAACCCGACCGGGCGGGCGGGGGGAGGCGCAGAGUGUAUAAAUACAAAGUUAGAUACUUUUCAGGAAUAAAGACUCUAAUAAAAUAUUUUAUAUAAAACUUUUUACCUGUGUUCGGCGUCAGAUGCUUUAAGUGAUUGGCUUGCAUUUUUCUAAGUCGAUGGAUUCUUAGGCUGUGUCUGGAAUGCACUUCUUGUUCCUCUGGGAAGAGCACCGAUUUGUCACUUAUGUUCUGGUCCAAGACCUGGCUGUAGAUAAGCCUGUUCUCAAUGAUGUUCAUAUUUUAUGUUGAAUUGUCUUGAAGUUUUGUGUUUCCUGUUCUCCCAGAAUCCUCACCCAUAUCCUCCUGCCUCGUGAUACUGGCCAUGACCUCGAAAUAUGGCUGGAGGAGGCUCGUGGCAGGGCUAGCAGGAGGGCUCUGGGCCACACCUUCCCUUUGGUCCUCUCCACCCUUGCAGGGGCUCCCUCAACCCGGGCUCUGGGGUGGUAGCUCGGGCAGGGCGACAUCACGUCUUCCUUACUCCGCUUUGCUGGAAACCCAUUUCCCAGGCUUAGCUCUGUAGAGCCGGCUGCUAGUGGGGAAAGCAGCCCCUCUGGAGGUUUUGGUCCCGAAGCUGAGGUGAGCAGGGCCUACAAGUUGCUUGGUGUCAUGUGCUGCAUUAGCCCAUGGCUCCCCGAGCUCCGGCCAGGCGGUGACCCUCAGAGUGAGGACUUCCUGGGACAGCGGUGGCUUAGAACUGGGCUUUCAGAUCCAGCUUCCCUCCCACCUCUGGGAUGCAGAGUGGAGAGCUGGGCUGGGUGAGGUCGCAGAAUCGACCCACAGUGGCCCCUGCACUCCUCUCAUGGCGGCCGAGCACAAUCGGAGGCUGCCCCAGGCGUGCACAUAAGCUCACAAUGCACACUUUGCUUCCCCUUCGGUAACCCCUGCCUCUCUGGACUGCCCAGCUGCCCUGGAUCCCAGUAACGUUAAAGUCACGGUCCUUUCCGAGCCACUGUGCUUGGCCUGUCCCAUCGGGAAGAUUCCUCCAAGAUAAUCGCCGCCCCCUGCAAAGACAGGGGCUUCUGAUGUCCACGUGUGGGGCUGAUCUUUUUGGGGAACCUCCCUGGGACCAGAAGCAGGGAAGAAAUAGGAGACCCUGCAUCCCCAUGGCACAGUCUAAUUUUCACUUACAAGCUCAAUUCAGGCUGUCCUUAAAAUCCACGUGUCCUGGGCAAGGAAGGAAAUGUGGGGACGGGCACACACACACAUCCUUCUGCUGUGCUGGCCUAAAGUUCCUAAUAACUAUCCUACAUCCUGCCUGUUUCCUUUUUCCAUACUUGAGGAAACAGAAGGGUUUAGCCUUAGCCCAGUUUUUUGUGUUAUCUCUGAACAGACCAACCUGGAAUCACCCCUCACACAGACACGUGUGGCCUGCCCCAGUGUGCCCGAGGCCCACCCUGCUUUGCCUGGGGUUGAUGUGAAUGUCACACAUGUGAGCGGAGGCUGGGGUUAGGACCCUGAGGCUUCCCUGUUCUCAGAAAUAGUCUCCUGGCAUCAAAAGGGGUAAACGGUCCAUGCCACUGGCUACCACAUUCCAGCCUGGCAAGGGUUACUGUUUAUAGAGGCACCAUUUGAGGCCUUUUCCAUGUAGAAUGACCAUUGUAAAGCUGAAGAGAAAGGAACAGAAGCACAAAAGCACCUUGAUUCAUCGCAAACAGGCAGGGGCUGCCGGCUGGAGGAGAAUCUGCAUUUUGAGGGCGUGCUGGACGCGCUGAGGGCUCCUCUACAGCUGUGGGCUAAGCUUGCCCAAGCCCCUCCCCUUUUCCAGAAAGCCAUUCCCAUGGCCACCGGCCUUUCAGGUCCAGGAUGAGGACACAGCCACGGGCACAUAUGUGUUUGUUUCACUGGGGUUCAUGGUUUUGGGGACAGUCUUCUAGCCCCCGAGAUCUCGGGAAAGGCAUGAGCUCAAGUCACAAGCCUAAAAAGUAGCAAAACUCAAAAUUAUUACAUUCAGCUGUUUUCUGCCAAUAAAGCACCACCAUCCUCUGUGUGUCUGCACUGAACAAACAUACGAGAGAAUCUGGAUGAUCACUUUGGGUGCCUUUGGCCUAAACUUUGCACAUGACUUUAAACAUGGCCCUGACACUGCACACGGUAAGAAAUGCUUUUUAUUUUACGGUCCUUAAGGUUCCGAGAUCUGAUCUCUGGAAACGUGUAAGCCACCUACUGUUACCUCUGACUCAUGUGGUCCAUUACCUUGAGGGCCGGUGAGUGGGGCAGAGAUGCUGAGGCCUAGCUGGCGAGCCCCCGUGCAGUGAGGCAGGACCCUCCCUGGUGGCCUGUGUGGGGAGCCAGUCCUCUAGUCCCCCAGACAAAUCUCCCUUUAAGGAGGCUUCUGAAGCUCUGAGUGCCGGCACUCAGAAUUAAGCUGUCUCCUCACUGCUCACUGCACUUGCCUACGAGCCUCUAGAAAACAGUUUGCCCAAUGAGAGUGCUGCAGCUGAGGCAGAAGCAGACGUGUCCGUUUCUGGGGAAGUUACCCAAAAAAUCUCCCCUCUUAGGGGGCCCUAAUGUGCCCCCUCCUGUGGGUUGAAAUGCAUCUGGCCUUGAAAGGGAAGGCUAGGAAGUUAAGAAGUACGUGGGUUUAGGGUUGACAGCCCCAUAUUCAUGGACUCCUGGCGAUCCCUGAGUGCCACCUAAUCUGAGUGGUAACACAAUUUGGUUUGUCUGAAAAUGUAAUAGUAACCAUGGCAGCGAUUUCAUUUUUAUACCUUUGCAUUUUUACAUGUCUGUCACUGUGCAUCUUGGAGUCUCUUUUCCGUGACCUACCAGCUUCCCAAGCUUAAUAAUCAAUAUCUCACUAUUAUGUCAUUGGCCAACUAAAAACAGUAGCAAAACCUCCUAUCAUCCAAAUUGAUAAUAAAAUAGACCACCACACCCACACAUUGGGGGCUUCCCAUUUUUAUAGUCUUGUCCUCCCACCUGCAGGGUGUGAAUGGGGAUCAGUUUUUCAAUAGAACAUGUAUGUUUGGUAAGUUAAUACGUGUAGCUGACCCCUUUGCCUUUGUUUUUAUAUAUGUAUAUUUUCCCUUUGUAGACAUAUUGAUGCAAUACCUGUUCAUAGUUGAAUCUGUUACGAAUUGUUACCUUUUAUUUGAUGAAGAACUAUUUAAAGAUUUUCCUUUGUUUUUUCUUCUAAAGCAAAAGUCAAUGCAAGUAACUCUAAUCAGCGUGCAAACGCCUGCAUAUAUCUGUAUAUCUGCUAUGUAAUUAUAUAAUGUUUUUAUAAUGCUGUGUGGAUAACUUUACACUGAUUUAGUUACUUGACUGUAGGAAACACUGUUGCUUUGCACGCUGUGAGAGGUUUGCACUGUUACAGAUGAAGGCAACAUAUUUACAUAUGUACAUGUGUAUACAUAUAUAUAUAUAUAUAUUCAAAAAUAACAUCGGCUCUUUGGGGUGUCUGUUUCCUUGGUUGUUUCACACCACUGGAACAUUGAACCUGGACAGACCCUAGAAUGUCAGUUUCCUGACUCCACCUUACAGACCAAAGAGCCACGUGUCUAUUUCUGUAGACCUAUCUCCUGAGAUUUGUACAUGCGUUUUUUGCAGACUUAAACUUUGUUUUCUGAAAUUAGAUGCCAUUUAUGAUGAUGUGAUGUCAGUCAAAUAAAGCAUCAUUAUUU